CCACCCCCUCUUUACAGGACUGCCAGCCCGUCUAGAGUUAUUCCAGGAAUGCGUUGAACAUGGCUGCCGCGAUGAAGGCGCAGAAAACAGGACUGCUGGAACUUCGACUAACCGUGGAUCGUUGGAUCCGAGUGCUGGCCACGCUUACCGCGGACACUCUCACAGCAAACCCCGGUGAGGGCGCCGAGGAGCUCGCGAAGCCCAGCCUGAGUCCCGCAGGUGCUGUCAACGGAGACCCCCCGAACCUCAGCUCGUCUCCGGUCCCGGAAACCAUCACCAACGUGAAGCGCACCGUACGAGUAACCAAACAAGACGUGGGAGGACUUGGAAUUAGUAUUAAAGGUGGAAAGGAAAACAAGAUGCCCAUCCUCAUUUCAAAAAUUUUUAAAGGCCUUGCUGCUGACCAAACUGAGGCACUAUAUGUCGGGGAUGCCAUACUGUCUGUCAAUGGUUUUGACUUACGAGAGGCCACACAUGACGAGGCUGUGCAGGCUUUAAAAAAAACUGGCAAAGAAGUCAUCCUUGAAGUUAAGUACAUCAAGGAGAUGUCUGCAUUUUUUAAAAGCUCCGGUUCCCCCGGAGCAAGCCUCCCAUGGGAUUCUCCCCCCUCUACACCUCAGAGGGGCACUGAGGUCUCCUCUGCCGAGGUGAAAGAUCCUCGCAGCAUCCCAAUGAAGAUGUGCCAGGUGUCACGGAAACAGUGCCCCCCAGACACAGAGAACAGGUAUUUCGAAGUGAUUUCAUCCAACAGAAAGAAUUCAAUGUUCCUGCGGGCAAAAGACCCAGCCAUGGCUCAGUCGUGGUAUAAUGCCAUCCAAGCUGCUGCUGCCAACCUUUUACCACAAGUGAAGGAGGAGAUGAAGAGCAUGCAACCUGGCAUGGAGGUCAAACAUUUGGGCUGGCUUACAGAGCAGAUGUCCCAGGGUCCAGAGAAACCUGUCCUUGCAGUGUUAACAGAGAAGGACCUGCUUCUGUAUUCCUCCUUUCCUGAUAGCAAAGAGAGCCUGAAGAACCCCAUCAAGAGUCACACCCUCAUCGCCACCAGAUUGGUCCACUCUGGUCCUGGAAAAAGUUCCCCUCUGUUAGACUCUGAGUUGUCGUUCGGCCUGCGCUCAGGCACCAAGCAGGGCGUAGAGACUCAUGUGUUCAGAGUGGACUCUGCCAAGGAGUUGUCCGCAUGGACUCAUCUGCUGGUCGAGGGUUGCCACAAUGCUGCAGAAGUUAUCAAGGAGGUCACUGCAGCCUGCAGUUGGAAUGGAAAAGAGUGUAUGCUGGGAGUGCACAUCGAUGACGGCUUCAUAUUAUUCACAGAAGAAAUGGGUGUCAGAAAAAAUAUUCUCCUCCAGCAGCCUUUCGAGCGCCUCCGGAUGUCCUCAGAUGAUGGUGUCCGUAUGAUGUUCCUGGACUUUGGAGGCCCUGAGGCUGAAAUUCAACUGGACCUACACUGCUGCCCAAAGACCUUAGUGUUCAUCAUCCACUCUUUCCUGUCUGCUAAGGUCAAGCGACUUGGUCUCCUGGCAUGAUAAAGGCCAGCCAUCCAUAAAAUAAAAAUAGGAAUAUUCAGUGAAAACAAACACCAGCCCCAGAAGACCUUCGACAAAAGGGCCAGGGAAGUGAUGCUGACAAGCUCACUUUUUCAGCCUUUGCUCUGCCUUUAAAGCGUAUUGUUUUUGGCCAGGCUCUCUCUGGUCUUUUUGGGAAAAAGAAGAGAAAACUGGAACACUGAUGGACAUUUUUGUAUUUGUAGUUGUUAGGUAAAAGAUGUUUUUACAGUUAAUUCAAAUCUGUAAUUAUUUAAGGGGUCUGUAUCUUUCAAAGCUGUCUAAGUAGGUCAGGCCACCUCAUGAUGGGAAACUAUGACAAAGUCAUGACAGCAAGUAUCUUAAUGUUUUUAAGCUUGAAGUCACAACCAUUUUUCUGUAGUUUUAUUUUAAUGAGUCACAGCAGGCUUUUGUCAUAAACAUCAAUCUCUGCUUCACAAAUGUCCUGAUUGAUGUUGGACAAACAUUUUUCAGCUUCAGAGGAGUGACAGCUUGACGUGGCUGAUUGUAACAUGAUCAAUAGCUUGUGCUGAACAGAGUACAGCUAAACUGACAUGCUGUUUGCGCAGUUAUUUAUCAACUUGCUGAAUUUACAACACUUUCCCUAUUUUAACCAGAAACUAUGGCCUAUCAAAGAUAACAAGCAUAACUUUAUCAAUAUAAAUUAGCUGUGAAAAAAAAAAACGCUAAUAUGGCAGUUUUGCCACAAUAUCUUUCAUUUAUUUACAUCAAAGACAGCUUUUACAUCACAUAAUUAUGUUUUAUUUUAUUAGUGUGAAUUAAAAAAUAUAAAAUUGUGUUUACAUCAUAAAAUGUGUGAUUGUUUUGUUUCAUCAAUAUUUAGCUUGACUGAACAUUGUUUUAUAGUUUGGGGCCUUCUCUAAUAUGUAAAGGCUAGACACACAUAUAGUAAUAUAUGUUUUAAAACCUGUUUGCUUAAGAAAACAAAUGUAGAAUAUAUUCUUAUUUAAACAAAGGUGUGCCUUGCAAGGUUGGUUGUAUAUAAACAUGUAAUAAACUUUGUUAACUUUUAAUGAUUAA